AUGGAGAGACCCAGCAGUGACAGUGCGCUGCCAAUAUCGAGUGGAAUGCACAGUACACCAGGGUCGAACACGAAUUUGACAUCACGCCCGACUACGUAUUCAGAGGACUCACCGCGGAAGUCUCUGUCCACCUCGGUUUUGAUUGAGAAGGGUAAACGGGGCGGUUCGACGACACUGCUUGAUCGGAAGAAUUUUAAACAAUUGGUCUUUGAGGAGCUCGGACUUCAGGGAGACGCUGCUGCUUGCCCAGACGAAAUGUUUAAUAAAUAUGUAGAGGCAAGGCUAGUGAAGGAGAAUAUCAGGAAGGAGGAACUACGUCAACGAAAUCUGGAUAGGCUGGACUCUAUUCUGAAAAAGUAUAUUUCAAGUGAAAAACUGACAGAACCUAUCCUGACUCAUAUACUACAACUGGUCGACGACCCAGGGAGCAUACCUGAUUUGAAGAAAAGGAAAAUAGACAAUGUCACCUCUGUCUCGCCAAGGCUGGCGAGUCCCAGAGGGACUCGACCAUACAAGUCGGAUAUACCACCGAUCAAUGAGUUAGGUUUCUCGAAACAGCAGCCCGCGGCGGCACAGUUCCAGCAACCAGGGUUGCAAACGUACCUCUUGCCAGUCCCGGCAAUUGGGAGCACCUGGCAGACCAGUGGGUACGCGGGGGAUACUGGCGGUGGCGCGAUUGCGACUGCGAGUAUCCCACCAAUAGCACAGUACCAGUCGUAUUCAAACUCGACACGAGCGCAACAGACCGGUUACACGCAGGGAUAUGUGCAACAACCAAGCGGCGGAAGCAUACCGAUAAUGGUCAUGCCACCAAAUAAUACAGGGGAGCCAGGUACGAUACCGGACCCAAUUAGCCAAUCACCAUCAUACCUAAACCUGCCCGGAAUAUCGCAGCAACAGGCACACCACCAACAGCCAAUACAUGCAUCUCCCUUUCGACAGACGCAGUCAAUGGACACAAGCAACAAGAGAGGUCAUAGAAGAUCUCAGAGUGCUAUUGUGACUGCCAACGCUGAUUUCAGGUCCCCACAGAGGGCAUCCACGAUAAAUCAAAGACCCGUGAAUUUUUUGAUCCACACCCCCAAGCAUCCGCCACCAUCCUAG